AUGAGUAAGAUUAAAGUACUACGGACUAGCCAUGGCACCUUAUAUGGUAUCCUCGCCUGCCUGUGGUCUAUGGUUGGUUUGCUCUUGGAACCGGUACAAAUGACAACUGAGUGCAUCUUGCGGCCCUCAGAUCUACUUGUUUGUGCCCAGCAACACGGAAUUUCUCAUCUGCCAGAGAGCAGUGCAGGAUUUGGAUUUGGAUUUGGAUCCGUAAGGGACGUGGAUCUGAUGUGCAGGACUAAAUGGCAUUUGAAGGUGUACUCGUGUGCUCGAAAGACUGUGACGACACGAUGUACACAUGAAACUAUAGCGCAGUUUCGAACACGAAUGUGGCAAUUUAUUUUUGACACUUCGCGCUAUACCCGGGCGGCCAAUUAUCUUUGUCGGGCCCACAACCUUGGAAUUUUCAGGAAAAGUCAGCGUGCUUGCCUAUUGAAGUACGAAAAAUCAGUACAGAAUUGCUCGGAACGAUAUUCAGCAGCCCUGUCUGAAACUAUACUUCAACUGGCCGUGAAGGGUGCACCAAAUGCCACAGAUGAAGAGUCAUAUGCUGACCACAUGAUCCAGGAGCUCACGAAAACGUACUGCAUACAGCUCAUGGAGAAGAUACGCUGCGUGUCGGAGCGAUUAAAAACCCCUUGCACGCAAGAUGCUGUCUCACUGAUACGUAACUACUACAAAGAGUCGCUGUCAAAGGAAUGCGUCAAGUACUUAAAACUGGGGCUUGAAACUGAAGGAGCUGGGACCAGAUCAACAAAAAUUGCGAUGCAGAUGAAGAGGACAAACGCGUCCAAAUCGUAUCGGAGUCAGAAACAUGCACCAGUAAGAAAAGAACAAUACAAAGUUGCGGCACGCAACUCCGUAGAAAAACGUGAACUUUCAAACCCCUUCAGUAAAAAUAUGCUGCCGUUAUUUUGUAUAAUGUGGAAUAAUCUCUUCUAUAGCGGUUACGCCGCUUUGCAUCUCCCACAUGUCUUCAGAUAGGUGCAUGGAGACAACUCACAAUGUACCGAGAGUAUACGGUCACAAAGUGGCUAAACCAAGUGCAGUUGAACAGAAGAAAGUGACCUGCUUACCUUAGUGUGACGUUUGGUGAG